AUGGACUCCUACGGUCAGAACAACUUCGGUGGUAACGGUGGUGGUAACGACUUUGGAGGCAACAACUCUGGCUUCGGAGGAAACAACUCUGGAUUUGGAGGCAAUGACUCUGGAUACGGUGGCAACAACGACUCUGGCUACGGCGGAAACAACAACAACUCUGGCUUCGGAGGUAACAACGAUUCCAGCUACGGAGGUAACAACGACUCCAACUAUGGAGGCAACAACAACAACUCUGGCUUCGGAGGCAACGACUCCAGCUACGGCGGCAACGACAACAACAACUCUGGCUUCGGAGGUAACAAUGACUCCAGCUACGGAAACAACAACUCCAACAACUCCGGAUACGGCGGUAACAACAACAGCGAUAACUAUGGUGGCUCGAACGGUGGAAACGACUCUUACGGCCAGUCGAACAACCAGGGAGGCAGCUCCUCUGGUGGCUUUGGGGGUUUGAUGAGCAAGGCUGAGGGAUUCCUGGGCGGCAACAACAGCGGAAACAGCGGAAACAGCGGAAACAGCGGAAACAACUCCAACAAUGGCCAGAGUGGUAACUCUGGAAGCAACUUUGUGGACUCCAUGGUUGACCAGAAGGUUGAUCAGUACAUUCCUUCCGGCAUGGAUAGUGCCGUUAACCAGGGUAUCAACAGCGAGGUUGACCGGUACAUGUAA